AUGACUAGCACAUCUCAAUUCAAGCAGCUGGAGCGGCUGGGCAAUGGGACAUACGCGACUGUGUACAAGGGCCUGAACAAGACGACCGGGCUGUAUGUUGCGCUGAAGGAGGUGAAGCUCGACUCAGAAGAGGGCACGCCGUCGACAGCCAUACGUGAGAUCUCGCUGAUGAAGGAGCUGAAGCACGAGAACAUCGUGAGGCUGUACGACGUAAUACACACGGAGAACAAGCUGACGCUGGUGUUCGAGUUCAUGGACAACGACCUGAAGAAGUUCAUGGACUCGCGGCUCGACCGGGAGAUGCCGCGCGGGCUGGAGCUGUCGCUGGUGAAGUACUUCCAGUGGCAACUGCUGCAGGGCGUGGCGUUCUGCCACGAGAACCGGAUCCUGCACCGCGACCUGAAGCCACAGAACUUACUGAUCAACAACAAGGGUCAGUUGAAGCUGGGUGACUUCGGGCUGGCGCGCGCGUUCGGCAUCCCGGUGAACACAUUCAGCAGCGAGGUCGUGACGCUCUGGUACCGUGCGCCGGACGUCCUGAUGGGGUCGCGCACAUACUGCACGUCUAUCGACAUCUGGUCGUGUGGCUGCAUUCUAGCUGAGAUGAUCAUGGGGAAGGCGCUCUUCCCCGGGACCAACGACGACGAGCAGCUAAAGCUGAUCUUCGAGACCAUGGGCACGCCGACAGAACAGACGUGGGUCGGCGUCAGCCAGCUGCCCAAGUACAACCCUCAGAUACCGCUCUACCCCAACAAGGACAUUAAGCAGCUAUUGCAGGCUACCACCAAGGAGCAGAUCAGCGACGUGCUCGUGAACCUCAUCCAGGGCCUCCUCCAGUUGAAUCCAAGCAUGCGCUUGAGCGCACAACAGGCGCUGAGUCACCCUCUAUUCGAGGAGUACCACUGA